AGGCUUUAUGCUAUGGUCGAUUGAAAUUGGAUGGUGGUGUAUAUAUUUUAUUUCAUUCCGUGAAUCUUUAUUUUGAAGAUUUAUUAAUAAAAGUCUAAGUAAAAUGGUGUUUUCUGGUCGGUAAUAGCUAACGGGAAUAUUUUAGUGUUAAAAUAACUAAGUUAUGGCUAGUGAUUCGAACUGUGUAAGGACAGAGUUAUGUUAAUGUACUCCUCAUGUCACCGGGUUCCACCUAUGUACCUGGCCCUCGAAGACAUGCGGCGUAGGUAGAGAUGGUGAAGUGAGCGCGGCGAGAUGGUGCCGUGUGUGGUAGCUGCGCUGCUUCUGGCCACGUCCGCGCGCGCCCUCGACAUAUCUCAAUGCAUCGCGCCCCUGGGUAUGCAGAGCGGGCUCAUACCGGACAAGGACCUGAGCGCCAGCUCCUCCUUCAACGACGGGAAUGUGGGACCACAGAAUGGAAGGUUAAAUCAAGAGAUAAAAGGCGGCGCUUGGUGCCCCAAGUCCCAGAUCACGACGGAGUCGACCGAAUGGCUGGAGAUAGACCUUCGGUCCGUCCAUGUGAUCACGGGAGUGGGCACGCAGGGCCGCUUCGGCAACGGCCAGGGCGCAGAGUACGCGGAGGCCUACGUCAUCGAGUACUGGCGGCCUAAGCUUGGGAAGUGGGUGCGCUACCGCGGCUCGGACGAAAAGGAGAUAAUGCAGGGCAACACAAACACGUACUUGGAGAAGAAGAACCACCUAGACCCGCCGAUAUGGGCUCAGAGGAUCCGCGUCAUACCCUACAGCUUCCACCGGCGUACCGUCUGCAUGCGGGUCGAGCUCUACGGCUGCUAUUGGAGCGUCGGCAUAGUAUCAUACAACAUGCCCAAAGGCGACAAGCGCAGCAACGGCGUGGAGCUGACUGACAUGAUCUACGACGGCACGUGGGGCGACGAGCUGCGCGGCGGGCUCGGCCAGCUGGUCGACGGCAAGUUCGGCGGCGACGAGAUCCGCGAGGCCUCACAGAACUCCGCCUGGGUCGGCUGGAGGAACGACACCCGCCCCAACCCGCCCGCCAUCGUGUUCGAGUUCGACAAAGUGCGCGAGUUCAGCGCCGUGCACCUUUAUUGUAACAACAAGUUCAUGAGGGAGGUUCAGGUGUUUUCGGAGGCGAUCAUAUCGUUCUCGAUCGGCGGCCACCACUUCCAAGACGAGCCCAUCCGCUACACGAACGUCGAAGACAACAUAUUCGAGAGCUCCCGCAACGUGAGCAUCAAGCUACACCACCGCAUCGGGAAGUGGGUCCGCAUCGAGCUGCGGUUCUCGUCGCGGUGGAUCUUGAUCAGCGAGGUCGUCUUUGACUCGGACGUCGCUCAAGGCAAUUACACUCCCGAGAGCCAAAAACCAUCCAGCGGCAAGGAGAAAACCAAACUCAUACCGAGCAACCCCCAGAUCCCCAUAUCGACCGCCCAUCAGGAGGACCCGCUCUACAUGGCCAUCGUCGUGGGGGUGCUCACGGCGCUGGUGAUACUCCUCGCCGUCGCCGUGUUCCUCAUCAUACACAGGCACAGACACAGAAAGUGCUUCGCGUCCCCCUUGGCGAAGACCACGGUCUCCCAGAAGAGGGAAGACAGCUAUAGCCGCUGCGGAACCUCGUCGCACGUGUCGAUGUUGCCGGCGAAUAAGAUGAAUAUAGACUGCGCGUUAGAUGUUAAGUCCGACGAGUACCAGGAGCCCUAUCAGGCUCUCAAGUGCGCGCCGUAUUUUAGUUAUAGCACCGUGUUGCUAGAGAUGAAAGACUUUGUUAAGGAUUCCAAUACAGCUUUAUCAGAUAGCUCAAACUACGACUACGCAGUGCCGGAGCUGAGCUCGGCGCCGCUGCUGACGAAGCGUCGGCUCGGCGACAGCCUGUCGGACCGCGCCACCGAGAUCAUGGGCGAGCGGCUCGACCUCGACGUGGACGCGCGCCUCUCCGCGGCCGGCUCCGUUCGCUCCAAGCACAGCGCAAGGUCGGCGAGCCAACAGGAGGUGUUCAUAGACAUGAAGCGGAGACUGGAGACGACCAACGUGAUAGAGUUCCCGCGACAUCGGUUGCGUAUGAUCUCCAAACUAGCCGAAGGCGCCUUUGGCACGGUAUACGUGGCCGAGGCGGACGGCGUACCUGAAUAUAACGGCACCAUAACCCCUGAGAAGCGGCUGGUUGCCGUCAAAUUCCUGUGCCACGACGCAUCCGCUAAGGAGAGGGAAGAGUUCGAGCGCGACGUCCGUAUCCUCGCAGCCCUCUCAUCGCCGCACCUGGCCCGGGUGCUGGGCGCCUGUCGCUCGCCACCUCUCGCCGUGGUACUGGAAUACCUGGAGCUGGGCGACCUGUGCGCCCUCCUGCGGGCAGCGCCCCCUCCGCCUAGUGCCCUGCUACACAUCGCCACGCAGAUCGCUGCUGGGAUGCAGUAUUUGGAGUCGCUCAACUUCGUCCACCGCGACUUGGCGGCCAGGAACAUCCUUGUCGGCAAAGGGUACCAAGUCAAGAUCAGCGAUUUUGGCACCGACAACGAGGCUUACGCCUGUGACUAUUAUAAGGUGGACGGCCGCAUACCCCUACCGCUGCGCUGGGCGGCGUGGGAGUCCGUCCUACUGGGAAAAUACACGACCAAGAGCGACGUGUGGGCGUUCGCGGUCACCCUCCACGAGAUCUUCACCCUCUGCCGCCGCCGGCCCUACGAGCACCUCACCGAGAAUGAGGUCCUCGAGAACCUCUCGCACCUGCAGCUAGGCGACGGUAUGUUCGAGGUGCUGGCGCGCCCAGCGGGCUGCCCGCGCGACCUGUACGACCUGAUGCGCGCGUGCUGGCGGCGCGACGAGCUGGCCCGCCCCUCCUUCGCCGACCUGCACCUGCUGCUGCAACGCACGGCCGCGUGAUACAUGUGUUAGAGGCCGGAGCUUGCACCGUCCGACAACAAGUGCGUUUUUACAGUCUCUCCAUUAAUCCCUUGAGCCCCGCGGACGCGAUAUUGGGUCAGCGAUGACAGUCAACAUUCGAUGAGGUUAAAACCUACAGAGUAGGAUCGUAUCCAGAAAUACAGACUUUAUGUGGGUCUAUACGAUGUAACUCUCGACCCACUUGAUUUUUUAUCAGUAAUAUUAGAUACAUUCGCAAUAGAAAAAAUUAAACAAGCAAAUAUUGAAGGUUUUUUGUUACAGUGAUUUAUAUAGUUCUUAAUUCCAUAACUAAGAAAUUAGUCUUAUUUUUUGACGAUUGUAUCGCCACCUGAGCUUAGUAUUGGUUCGUAUGUCCUCAUUCUCCCCUAAGACGUUUAUUGGCUGGCAAAUUUAAGUCCCCAGGACUCAAGAGAUUAAUAUAAGAGACGAUUUGACAAAAACGAACUUCGUGGUAUGACCCUGCGCAACGGCCUUAGAGCAAACGCUGCAUAGGUAUUAGAGGGCCCUUCCGGCGACUCGAUUACCUGUUUACAAUGAAACAGGGACGCUGCAUACUGUGGCAAUAAAGGUCGACUCCCACCGAUCCGGCGAUUAUUCGGAGAAAAUAAUUGUAGAAAAUGGAUAAAUUCUAAGAAAAUAUCAUGCCCCGAAAUUUGACACUGUAGAAUAUUUCACUGUCCUGUCAAAUUGAAGAUACGAUUAUUUCAUAGACUUUAUAUCGCUUCUACUAUUAAUGUUUCUUUGAUUCGGAGUAAUGCUGAAACACUCAUGCUUUUCAACAUAUCGUGACGGUCUGUUCGAGCAACUCUCUCUUAGGGCUAGUUUAGUUGGUGCGAGAACUCGCAUGCGAGUUUCAUUACAUUGCGGUAUUUGAUCAAUCAGCAGAAUUGGAUGUAACCUCAAUAGUCCGCAAUGUAACUAAACUCUCAUACGAGUUCGCACGCCGCCGAAAUGGCCUACUCGUACGAUUAGCACGAAAGGACUACCUUCAUAGACGAACAACUAUAAACAACAUAUCCAGCACAAGGUUUAUUGGCUAUUGGAAAUUGAACCUUUGCUAAAGAUAGUUCGGGUUUAUAAAUAAGUCAGCUAUUUGUAUUAUCAUGUUGGCUAUAGGAUGCAAGCGCUAUCGCCUAGUCGCAGAGCUUAGACAGCAAAAGUUGCUACACGGACAGCAUACUCGAAAAGAACAAGCUAUCAGUUUGUUGCGGUUUCGAAUUAAAGGCAGGACAAACAGCCCACGUACGCAACACAUUACGACAAUCUGAUCCCUGAUAUUUGUAUGCUUGGAAACAUUGACCGUCACGCGUUGCGUUGCUUGUGACAAGUAUGUUUUCAAGCAUACAAAUUUCAGGGUCAGAUUGUCACAACGCGUUGCAUAAGUUGGUUGGUUUUGGCUCAGUUUGUCCCUACCUUUAAUUCUUUAGCCAUAUAGAUUAGAUACUGUUGUCAGAUUUUUGACUGGUAUAAAUAGCGCAUAUAUCCAUCUUGCGGCGAUUACAUUACGACGUCAUCGAAUAGUGCAAGUUGACUUGUUUUAUAUGAAUGUAAGUAUUGUACUUAACUCUGCAUCCAUCAUAAUGCUUAUUAAAGAGUUACUUAAGACUGGACCCUAAUAUGACUUAUUGUAAAUAAUUCUGAAGCAUAAUAUUUGACAAAUAUACACCGUGUUGAACGGUAAGGUUGUGUCAACUAGUUCAUAUGAAUUGUCACUUUGAUAGAUAUGAAUUAAGUUGAAUAUAAUUAUAUCUCGAGUAUCAAAGAACUUGGUACUUUUCAAAUGUAUUCUGUCUUGUCGUAGCGAGUACAUAUUUACUUGUGAUUGUAAGCAACCUUAAAAGUUUUCUUUCUUAGGGCUUUAACAAAAAUUUUGAUCUCUUUUUUUAUUUUCAAGCGAAUCCACCAGAUCAACUAUUCUGUAACGGAUCGCAUUGUACCUAAGUAAUAAAUUUCACGAUAGGAGAGAAAAUAAUCCAUAGCAUUGUGGUUGAAAUUUCAAACACCAACAUUCUCUCCUAGUCUAGGAGUCCUAGAGCAAAAUAUAAAAACGUUGAAAUCCGCGGCAUUUUUAAUUUUAGGUUCCUAGAGUAUUUAAUUUACUGACGUCCUGCAAUAAAACGACGAAAAUCGAAAAGUUAUGGUGUAACAGGCGGUGUAAUGUGGCAUCGUAUACAUGUCCUUUCAUACUGUCAAGUAAACAUACAGAUACAAACCCUCAGGCUUGCAGCUGACACAAGUGGAUAUGCACCCGCUAGGUUCAUGUAACGUCGCUACGCACGGCGAAACGUGUGAAUUAAGGACGAAUCAAUUACGCUUUUGUAAGACGUUCAUGCGAACUGUGUAUAGAAUCUACUAAAUUGUACCUUAAGCGAUACUGCAAAAAUCUUAUGAUAAAAACUGCCUAAGAAUAUCCCUUAAUAAUGUGAAUCGUGACUUCAAAUUGUAUUUUACGUAUCCUUUCUCGCACGCUACAAGAUCUCUUUUAAAAAUGUAUUGUUUUUAUGUAAAUCGGACCUCGCCGCAAGCAUUACACACGUUCUAGUCAAGUAAGCAAACUGUUAGUAUUAUUUUUAUACAAACCUUUUUUUUAUUUUUAUCACAUUGUUUCGGGGCGGUCCAUUUUACUUUUUUUACACAAGUUUUAUCAGAUCAUCUUAAUUGUUAUUCAUUCACAAAUAGGUAAAUGAGUUUUUGUUCAAUAAAUAAUUGUUAGCAUAUUGAAGUGACGCUGUCUAUGGUAUCCUGUGCAAUAACAUGGUUUAGUUAGAACGUAUCACCUGUGUUUUGACUCUUUUCAAAUGUAAAGUACCUUCAAUAUGAAGUCACUUCAGUAAGCUAUUGUUAUGUGUCAUUUUGUAUCGUGUUCGCAUCAAUACGCAUAGACAAUAUAGGUAUAGAAGCAUUCAUAUGAAACGGUGUCGACGCUACUCUAGUACUACCCUUUCACAAGUGAGCUACGUAUAAUAGACGCAUAAUCCAGAUCUUCCUACACUUCCUGAGCUGUUGUCGUUUUAAACGUAACGUCUCCUCUAUACGAUUGUUUAUGCUUGAGAUCUGUAAACUUUUUUAAAUACAUACCAUAAUUAUUUAAAAAGUAAAUUCAGAUAUAAUAAUGGAAUGCAAUCAUAGUGUAUUGUUUGUAUAGAAUUUGGGUACAAUAGAGUAUUCGUGUGUUGUUGGUCACUGAAGAGCUAAUCUUAUAUUGGCAAAUCGAAUAAAAACGGUCUAAAUAUUUAUAAGUGGUUUUCGGCCUAAAAUUCUGCUAUUCAUAACGAGCAGUUGCGAAGGUAUUGUUUCGACUUGCUAAUUUUUUUCAUUUUGGAAGUUUCUCACUAUUCUUGAUCCCAUAUCCGAUUUGUGUUUGCACAGGUUACCUACAGGUAGAAGUAGGUACUUUAAAUAGAUCUUAUACUUUGAUCUUAGCCAGAACCAAAGCGGGAAUCUUUGGUACAGCAACAGGGUUAGCAGGGUUACCUACUACUGAGCGAAAACUUAUCGUAUACAACCCUAAUCAUCGAUCGUAUAGAGGACCCGUUACUUAUAAAGUUACCAAUUCUUAUAGUCAUUUAUUUUCAUAUAACUUAUAUCAACGUAAAAUGAUACAACGUAAUAUUAGCUAGUAAGUCAUAGAUCUGAUUCGAUAGAAUGAAAUAUUAGAUGUAAUGAUAGUCGAAAGUCUAUUUUCCGUAGUUUGCUUCGUCGAAGGCAGUUUUAGUGACAAUAUGAGGAUAGGAAUGAGGUCAGUGCGAGGUAGAAUUCUAAUUAUGAUAAAAUGUUAUGUUAAGGGGCGGAUCUGGAGAUCAUUUUUAUGAUGUGUUACUGUGCCUACGCCGGGAUCAUUCGUGUACGAAUCCGGUUUUGGUGUUGAACGAAUUAUCGAAACAAUACGGCCCUUCGCCGACUUGAGCGGGUAAACGAUAAAUAGGUUUUUACCCACGAUGGUACCCGCGGGUGCGUACCCGCUCCGUACACCCGCGCAAGUCGGUGAGAGGCCUACAUGAUCAGGGGGCCUACCGCGAAAACCGAAAUUCGCAAAUUGUGGGGAUCUUUCUCUUUUACUCUCAUUAAGACGUAAUUAGAGUGACGGAGAAAAAUGCCCGCAAUUGACGAACUUCGAUUUUCGCGAUUAUACGUCAGGUGUAGAAACGCUUUAAGCUAUUGUGAGAGUUAUUUAAUUUAAAACUGUUGCAUGUUGUCUCCUGAUCCGUCUCAUUUCGUUCGGAUGCGCGCCCGGCGCCGGCAAUACUUUGAAUGAAACUAUACUUACAUCGAGUCACUUUUCACUAAUAAACAGCAAACGGCACUACUUUUUUUGUGUUUCGUAAAGUAUACGCGGCGCUUACGAGCAUCCGAACGCGGGCUCAAUAUUAUUAUGCUGUCUCCACACUGGCUAGUGUAAACUCAAGGCCAUUAUAAUGUAUACAUUUUUAACUUUGUAUAAUAAGUAAGUUAUAUACACCUUUAUGACCUUUAUUAUGGUACGGCGUGCCUCAUUCUAUCUAUAAUAAGAAUGUAUAACUAUCUCUUCGUACAUAAAAAUCAUAUUAAUCAACUAUUCAAUCAAUAAAUGUUCAAGAAGUGGAAGAGUAACAACUAUGUAAAUUUGUUAUGCGUUUCGAUAAUUAAUGUUUAUGACGACCUAUGUGACGGCACGCCAUUUCGCACGAAUACGCCGGUGUGGACAAGCGUUUAGUGUUAACUGUUAUUUUCGCUAUUUAUCGACAAGGCUUCACUGGGCCCUAGCACUUAGGCGUAAGACUUUAGUUGGCAAGUAGUGAGCGACACAAGUACUUAUCGUACACUAAAGGAACCAAUGUCUUAUAGAGUUAGGCUAAUCGAAUACAUAGAGGUCUAAUUAUAUUUAAGUAAGUAGAGCUACGGAUUAAGGCGUUUUGUUUGGCGGCUUACCGAACGCACCCCGCCUACCCGGAAACAAAAUUAACAAGAGCUACAGUCACCUACAUUUCCGCACAAAGUGACCUGUUGUAAUAAUUCUCGUGUGUUGGUUGAAUUCUGGGCUGGGUACUUUGAUUCUUGUUGAAAUGACAAUAAUAUGAUGAAUUGGUUCAUGUGGUGUACCUAAACCUGAAAACAGUAAAUGCAAAUAUCACUUAAACCAAGCGCGAAAAAAGAGUGUCGUAUCUUAUAUGACAUGUUUCAGUAGGUACUGUUAUUUAUUUCCGAGAAUAAGGCAGUAAGGAUCGUGUUAGGCUGUACCCGGGUGGACGGGGCGCGGCCAGGCGCCGCCCGCCGCGCGGCGACUAGUGACGUAAUGCUAGGCACUAAUAAUAAUGUACAAUAAAACACCCUCUCUGCCUUAGUGAUGCUAUUCUUACCCCUAAUGCUACGACGAUAUCACGUUAGAACGAAAUUUAUAAUGUAUCUUGUAAAUACGAAUUCUUAUAGCUGAUGUAAAUUAUUGAGCACUAUGGAAAACUUUAAUUCCUAACAAUGGUCCAAACUUCACUCGCUUUUUUAUUUGUACUAUACGAUUAUACAAUUUCUAUAUAGAUAAAUGAAAUAAUGAAAUUAGACUAGAUACAUCUUAUGCUUUAAUUUUUAUUUUAUAGAUGUAAAACAUGUAUUUGUCGGAAUGCUUAAUUUUCAUAAUCAAAGUUUUAUGAAAAAAAGGUUGAUACCAAA